UGGUCUUGUUGGCUUUUUAUACAGGCCAUGGAGAAGCUUGUUGAUAUGGGCCUCUGUAAAGCCAUUGGAAUCUCAAACUUCACUAUAAAAAAGACUCAAGCUCUUCUGGAAACUGCCAAGAUACCACCAGCCUGUAAUCAAGUGGAACUUCAUCCUUAUUUGCCACAAGAACAGCUCAUAACCUUCUCCAAAAGUAAAGGCAUUAUUGUAACAGCGUAUUCACCAUUGGGAUCAGCUGAUAGACCAGAAAGUUUCUAUCCUAACAAGGCAACAGAGCCGAUAUUGUUGGAAAAUCCAGUGCUGAAAACUAUUGCGGAGAAACAUAACAUUUCCACUGCUUUGGUCGCUCUAGCCUGGGGCAUCAAGCGUGGAACUCCAGUCCUGCCUAAAGCUGUCUCUGAAAAUCACAUCAAAGAGAAUCUUGAAGCACUUCAUAUAAAACUAGACGAAGAUGACAUGGAGGCGAUUAAAAACAUUGGAAUACAUCAGCGAUAUUUUGUUCAGACAUGGAUGUACAAACCUGAGGAAAUUCCUGAGAAUCACUGGGACGGCGAAGACUAAAACCGAUUGAGACAAAUGUAGUUUAUAUUCAUAGUUGAUAGACCCUUUUUUGGCGAUAUGGCAGCCACUUUAAAUUAAUUCUUUCAAAUAGCUAUUAUGGGAUACUCAGGGGGCAAAUAAAUACUAAUUUGACCCCUGAGCAUCCCAUAAUAGCUAUUUGAAACAAUGAAUUCAAAAUGGCCGCCGUAUCGGUAAAAAGGUCUAUUGCUGAUUGUCAACGAUAAUCGCAAUGAUGAAUGAAGCAACCAGCACUGAGUUCUUAAUUGUGACUUAAAACGGCGACAGGAUAAACUAUUCAGCAAUCUGUUUAAUUCCAAUAGAUCAUGGUUAAUUCCUAUUGGCCAAUAAAUGACACUUCACUGAUCUGCUGAACUACAAAUGGGAAUAAAAGACAUUUAGUUUUUCAUGGACUCCAUUCAAA